AUUUUCCCGAUGGCGAGUAAUUUGGUGGAGGGACGGAUAUCGCUGGCGUACAAAGAGUUAGAGGCAAUUCCUCAAACUUUGGUAGAAAAACAUAGCAAAGCAACUAGGGAACUGGAUCUAAGUCACAACAAAUUAACAGAUCUACGUUUCCUCCAUGACUUCGAGGAUCUAAAUACACUGGUACUGGAUAACAAUGAGUUGAACAAUCAUAUUAAAUUCCCCUACUUGGAGAAACUGGAAACGUUAUGGGCAAAUCACAACAACAUCACUAAUCUCAGUGUGUUUGUUGAAACUGUUGCCAAGAGCUUUCCAAAUUUAAAGUAUUUCAGUAUGAUGCAUAACCAAGCUGCACCAAGCUACUUUAACGGCGGCACUUACAACCAAUACAAGGACUACAGGUUCUACGUCAUAAGCCAUUUGCCAAAUCUUCUUGUUUUGGAUGACACACCCAUAACAGAAGUAGAGCGAGAGGAGGCAAGAAAGGUGUAUGGCACCAGGAGGUAUUCAAUCAAAGAAAAGAAAAAGAAAUCAAAAGAAAAGAGCUUGAAACAGAAGUAGUCAUAUUUAUCUAUUCCAGUCUAUAAGAAUUAAAAUAUCUAUAAUAGUGCUAAAGUCUAUACAAUUUAAUAUAGGUGCUUGAAACUGUUUUAAACUACUGAUGUGUUUCUCACAUCAGUAUUUGGUAGAUUAUGAUAAAAUUGAAACACAUCCCCAAACAUAUUUAGCUUGUAUUAGUAUUACUUUAUAUGGAAUAUUUAAAUUCUGCUCCAUCAGCCAUUAGUAGUAUCACAUGCUUGUGGUUGAUCCAUACAAGUCGCACCAUCUUGAGCAGAGAGGGGGAAAUCUUGGAUGUUGGGCGGGGUGUUGUGUAGGACUUCACACAUUUCAUGGAGCUACUUAGCAUUCCAAACAAACUAGACCCAGUCUGCAAUAAACAGUCAAAAUGCAUUCACUAAUAGGAGUUGUAUUUUCGACUUAUUUUAAUAAGCAAGGAUGACAAAGACAGCAAGAAAAAAAUAGAGGGGAAAAAUAGAGUGCUUUGCACUCUAUUUCAAACUAUUUGGAAUGGAAUUAUUGAAACAUUGUUGUCAGUGACAUAUCGAAAUAGAUAUAAUUUCUACAAUAGCAAACACAGUUGAGGAGUUAACGGGCCAAGCAUCCUCAAUAUAACGUGAUACUUGGAGUUGCAUUGUCGUUUGGCGGAAAAUGGCUGAAAUGUCCAUGUUGUCACCAUCAUUACUAAAAGCAGUUCAUGCAAACUUAUGUCGUAAUAUGCUUGAGGCAACAUCUUCAUCUAGUUUUAAAUGUGACGUUUUUUUUUAAUUCAAUGUUUCCUUUAGGUCAGGGUAAUGGAUAGAGAUAUAGAUAUUAGAUAGAGCAACAUGAACUAUUAUCGCUACCAAUAUAAAGAUUAGGAAAGUUGGCCAACUAUCAAGGGUUAUGAUCUGAUGUGCUCUGAAGUAUUUGCUUGCCUCACUGGUUGGUUAGGAAAAUGAUCAGAUAGUAGGUUUCUUUUAUCCUUACUGGCUCACAUUUUAAAUUCCCAAGGCGAUCAUGGUAGCACAUGUAAUACUAGUACAACAAGCAGAUGACAGAGACACCAUAAUUAUCCAUUCUUUAGGGUAGCUAGUCAAGGACAGACCCCCUAGAUAAUGCAUAACCUGUAUUCCCUUUAAGUACAGGUGGAUAAAUCCAGCAACCAGUCAGUAUGAGACUCUGUAUGACCAAACCAACCUGCCAGAAGCAAAUUUUGGAAUCACCAAAGCUGUAUGAAGCAAGAGCUUUGUCAUCAGGCGAGAAAGAAAGGGCAGUCACAGGAGAGGAGUGUGCAGAGACCAUCUGAAACACAGAUAAGAUAACAGCAAAUUAAGACUUCAGUAAAAAAAAUAUGUGAGGUCAGCGAAGCCCUCUUAGGUGGUGAAUACAAAACAAUACUUUAUAAAUCAUCUGCCCUAUGAAAAUUAAAUAGAGAUGAUGUAAUCAAAAGAAACUAUUGCAUUGGAAAAUAAAAAAAAAUUGAAGCUUA